AUGGUAGUCGCUGGAAAAGGGCCAACAGAUAAUGUUGCUGUUGUGGAACCUGGACAUCGGGAUGUUGAUUUACAACAUGAUUGGUUUUCAUCUAGCCUUGAUUAUGGGGACCAUCAACACCUGCUUACUUUCUUGUCCAGCCACAAAGACCAGUCACCCAUUGCAGAUCUGCAAAAUUCUGACCAUUUCGUAAACCUGACUAAUUCACAACAAAAGGUCAUGGACAUACUCGAAGAUCAGAUAGUGGCUGAAAUAAACUUUUCACAAGAUGUCCCCUCUACCCAACUAACAAUUGUCCAAGGAAAAGCUGGAUGUGGAAAAAGCACAUUGAUACAAACUAUGACAGCAAAACUGACAGAGACACUAACAAGCGAAUCUUUCUUGCUCCUUGCUCCAACGGGAUCUGCAGCCCUAAACAUAAAUGGAACAACUAUCCACUCUGCUUUGAGCAUUCCAAUUCGGCCUUCUCACUUCAAGCCAUUGGAGGGAGAAUCAAGACACAACUUUAUCAACAUGAUGAGCCCAAUCCGUUUCAUCAUUAUAGAUGAAUACUCUAUGAUUGGGUUAUCAUUGUUGGGAAUGGUAGAGCAGCGCUGUAGAGAGGCCAACCCACACAAUUCAAAGAAGGUGACAACAAUUUAAUUUAAACAUGUAUUACAA